GUCCUCGAAAACCGGAUGUGAACUUGCGAGGUCGAGGUCAACUCGGAAGCUGUAAUGGCGACCAUGUGAAAAAUUUUAUAAAAUGUGUACUUUCCCCCCAACAGAGAUCUACAAAUUAACAGAUGCUUUUUAACAAUACAGAGAAACGCCAGCUGUGAAAGGUCAAGGUUGGAACGAUUAUUGUUGGUAACAGAGAGUUGGUGGAGUGGUCCUCGUUAUCUCAGCCGUGACAGUUAAUGCUGACAAAUGGACACACCGCCUUUAAACCAGCCAUUGUUUCGCCCUCCACGGCCUCGAAUUCCUGUAUGGCAGAGAAAACUUGGAGUACCAGAACAUAGUUUACCAUCCAAUCAGACUGCCAUGGGAUUGUUUAAUCGAGCAGCACAAAUUUCAGCAGAUCUGCAGAAACCCUAUCAGAGGCCUGAACGACCUAAUCAGAAUGGACCAAUUAGACCAAGUGUCCCUGUGGAAGCAGCUAACAAACCUGUGCCUCUUCCCAUAGUCAAGAAAGAGCUUUUAGAAAUGAUUUCUUUUGCCCAGGAAAAGCUAAGGAGAGAGCGUGAGGCUAUCUUGAAAAAGAUGCAUCCAGGCAAAAUGCUUGAAAAAAAUGAUGGAAGUCUGCUUGGCAAGCAAGAGAAUCUUCCAGUUGGAAGAGGAGGAGUGGUUAAGAAUUCAGAAGGACCAGAUCUUGGAAGAGGAAGAGGUGUGAUCCAAGAUUCAGGGAAAGGAGGCCUAAUGGUUAAUGUGCCCAAUAAUGCACCAGGGAGAAUGCCCAGCAUAGGUGGUCAACAUAGCAUUUCAGCCAAUUCCGAACUUGAAGUGAUUCCUAAACCACUUGGUGGCAUGAAUAGUCAGGGAGGGUAUGGCGAUCAAAGAUCUCACGGUCCCGAUGGGAAAUUGUCAGGCAUUGACAAUCCUGCAAGAUACAGCAGUUUAACAAAUGACAUGAAUGAGCUAGAUGAUCACCGGCAAAUCGAGACUGUGGGUGCACUAGGUCGAUCACCAAGGUUUGAAGGACCACGUCCAGUGGGACAUAGACAUAUGGGUGGGCCCGCUGAUGCUCCAAGACCAAAUAACAGAUCAUAUGGAACUUCAACCAGUCCACUGCCGGAGUUGGGUUAUUCGAGGAUGCCAGGUGACAUGGCAGUAGCUUGUAGUUCCAUGCAAGGAACAAAAGGUCCUGGAGAUCACCGAAACUUACAGCAGCCUGCUGGCGAUUGGCAGAGACCACAUGGUUGGUCUCAGGUGGAUCGGCCUACAUCUGGACCAGUAUAUGGGGAUUGGAACAGUUGGGGCAGUUGUCAGCAAUAUGGCUAUGGUGGUGGGUACGGUACUGUGGGAGAGACCCAUUUCCAGCAGUACAACCAGAUGAGUUCUUCCUACAGUCAGUACCACAAUUCACCAUCAUACUCGACACCCACCCAGGAAUUUGACUAUUCCUACAUGCAUGGCAGCCAUUAUUGCUAGGACUUCAAUGUGUUCAAUUGGUUGGUAACAGACCUCGAAAGCUUUGGUGAUGUUGUGUGACCAUCGUGACGUAAGCGGCGCGUGGUCCAGUGAUUUUAGGUGGUAUAAGCCAGAGGCUCUAUUCCACCUUCUGCCCGUCAGCUUACCCGCGCGUCUGCCCGUCUCGUGGAUAGAACAAAGGUGUAAAACGCACACUAUAGCCCUAUUACUAGUUAUCAGUCUGUUUCAUGCAUCUUAGACCAGUUUGAUAUUGACUGGAAAAGUUUUGUUCAGAGAAAGUGGAGUUGUUUGGGGUGUGGGAAAGAAUAUAUUAUAGAAAUAGAGUUAUGAUAAUAUAGUUAAAUUGGAGCAUUAGAAGCAAACUUAAUGAACAUAUGUGAUCAAUCUCUGGCAUUUUAUUUAUAACAAGGAAUAAGAAAUUAGGGUUAAAUCUCUUUUAUAGUAAGAUAAACAUCCAGUUUAACAUUGAUUUUAUACUGACGGUGUAAAUAUUUUGAAUUGUGGGGAAGUUUAAAAUGAUUUUCAAGUCAUAUUUUUACCAUAUUAAAAAACCUAAACCCAAAAGACAAAGUAGUUCCUCAAAAUUUCUUCAUGCUGAUUCUCAUUAAAAUAAUUGGUGAAAGAAAAGCAUAGAUAAGUUAUUAAACUUUAUAAGGCAUCAUCAUGCUUGUUUAUUGUAAUAUUUUAAUAUAUUUUCAUAAAUGGUUAUUCAAAUAAUUACCAAUUUUAACCGUGCAUAUUUUACUCCCAAUUUCGUUUUUAAAAUUGAGAGUUGGUUGGAUGAUAUUCUUUUCUCUUACAUUUUUCAACUAUGUUGAAUAGAGUGAUAUUGCUAAAUACUGAAUAUUUAUCUUUCCACUUAGUUUUGUUAAUGCAUAGUUCACGAAGACUUUUUUUGAAAUGUUUGUGCAUGUGCAAUUCUCCAUUGUGGGGCAGCAGUAAUUCUAAAAAUACAACUUGUGAAUUUCGCUUCAUAUUAACGAUAUCUGGCCAUACUAACUGCAUUUAAACUUUCUUUUUUAUCUAUGCUCACAUGCUAUUAUUACAAAAAAGAGAAGAUGAAAAGAUUGUAUGCUGCUCUGUUGCAUAGUACAUCAGAUCUUGCUAGCGACAUAAAUGAAGAUUCUAUUUUCCAAGCUAUGUACUUGUCUUAAAUCAUGGGCUUGCAUUGAUUUAUAAUAGGAAAGAAAUUAGAACGGAAGAAAUAAUAUGUAACAGUCUGCUAAUGCAUAUAUUUGGUCCACAAACCAGUCUGCAGGUUUUGUUGGAACUGUUGAUAGGUGAGGUGAACAGUCUGAAUAAUUCUAACAUUGGUUAAUAAGUGUUAAGAAAGUGAUAAAUGGGUAAGCUAUAUUUCUAAUCUAGGCAUUUGCAGCUGAUACAGUGAAACUGCAUGCCCUUUUUUGAUGGAUAAAAAAUCUUGGAUCAGUAUCUGCAUUUGUCAACUGUUCAAAUGAGGCUGAACAGCUGAUAUUUCAGACUUUUGGCAUCUCUUCUUAUCAGUUUCAGAUUUAACUGCUCUCAGGUCCUAGCUUUGUACUUCUAUAAUGUAUUGAUGUUUUCCAGGUUUAAAGGCACUUUUUUGACCUGCAAAUAUGUUUCUUGCAAGGUAAACAAAAUUAUGGUUCAGCAUUUCUGAGUGCUUAGUAUUUACAUGGCAUUCAUUUUUUUUUCAGCACAUGACAUCUGGAGCUCAAGCUGUCGGAGAACAAAUAUUUUGAAAGAAAAAUUAUUUUUGCAAUGCAUUCUAUUUGCUAAAUUUGUUGCCUUUGUUUUAAGUUUUCCAUGUUAUUUAUUUUAAAAACUCUCACUGUCAACCUCUAAUACCUAGGCAAAAUAGGAGAAAUUUCCCUUAUGGGAGUCUUUCUUUACUUUGCCAUUCUUAUUGACAAAUAACAUGAAUCAUUGUUUCAGUCAGAAACGUAUCUGAUUUUUUACAAGCUUAUGUCCCUUUACAUCAUGUUAUAUACAGUCUUCCAGUUUCAGUAAGGACUGUUUGUUGGUCUGCAAUUUCCUAUUUUCUUAAUACAAAACUGAAAAGAAACUGCAUCACAGUACUGCUAUAAAAGGGGCCAUGGCUAAGGUAAUAACUGUCACCGAGGCUUGUUUUGAUAUGUUAUCUUUGGUUUAUUUUGGAGAUUAUCAGUCACAUACAGAAACAUACUCUAAUAUAGAUUUUAAAAAAGUGAUCCACAGUGUUCAAACCUGUUGUAUAGGGAUAUAUAAAUAAGUGUAAUAAACCUUUCAGCAAUGCCUUCUUGUUUGGUGCCCAGUAGCUCAAUCAGUCUUUUCCUUGCGACGUUUACUUUUGCUGAUAGGUGGAAUGUUUUCAGUUGACACUGAAUGUAGUAGGUACAAGUUAUGUUUUGCAUGUUAAGUCCCCCACCCAGCCCUCCCUUGAUGUUUUAUUCCACAAUGUCACCAUUUCGAGAAAAGAGGUUCACUGUUUCUUUGUCAUCUCAGUAAAGUAGUAUAUCAAUU